AUGCUGAGGACAGCCAAGAAAUACAAGGCCAGCUUCGCAGCAGUGAAGCUAGAUAAAGAGCUAAAAGGCCAACUACCUAUAUGGUACCAUAUUAGCGCAACAAAGCAACUACGACGCCUGGACAAUACCAGACUUAGCAAAUGCCUACGCACCGUACAUGGUGUCAUCACGGUUGCGGAUAUAGUACAGGCUGCACACCACGAAGCGGUGAUCGAGAUGAACAAUGAUGGAGCAGACGCUGAUUGUACAUGUGAGCAAUGUAAUGGAGAUAGAGCUAAGGGAUGCACAGAUCCAAUAAAGUGCAGAGACGCAGCGAGCAGAUUGUUGAGGAACGUACAACUGAAAUGGGAUCCAUCGACAUCAUCUCCUAACGAUGGACUGACCCUCACCAGGAACCGGAAAAAGGCCAAUGCCAAAGCGCACGAUGAGAAGGGAGUCGAAGCCACAUUUGACCCUUCAAUAACAGAGCGUGGGGGUAUCGCUGAGGCAUUCAGGAUCUUUGUCGACGAC